AUGGCGGCGUCCACGAAAAAGGCCACCGGGGGCGUUGAAGAGGCCGCGACGGAAGAGGAACAGCGAAUUCUGGAACCCGGGGCAGCCCCGUUUGGAAACUUCCCUCAUUAUUCCCGCUUCCAUCCUCCAGAAGAACGGCUCCGCCUCCUGCCCCCGGAGCUGCUUCGCCGGCUCUUUCCUCAGAGUUCCGAAACGACUCCGAUCCUGGGUCUAGACGUGGGGUGUAACUCUGGGGAUCUGAGGGUGGCUCUAUACGAACACUUCCUUUCCCUACGUGAUGGGGAGACCUGCUCAGAUGCCUCAAGAGAACUCCAUCUACUCUGCUGCGACAUAGAUCCAGUCCUGGUGGAGCGAGCUGAAAAAGAAUGCCCUUUUCCUGAUGCCCUGACCUUUAUCACCCUGGACUUUAUGAAUCAAAGGACCCGGAAAGUUCUCUUGAGCUCUUUCUUAAGCCAAUUUGGACGUUCAGUUUUUGACAUUGGCUUCUGCAUGUCAGUAACCAUGUGGAUUCAUCUGAACCAUGGGGACCAUGGCCUGUGGGAGUUCCUGGCCCACCUUUCCUCCCUUUGCCGCUACCUCCUUGUGGAGCCACAGCCCUGGAAGUGUUACCGGGCAGCUGCACGGCGUCUCCGGAAGCUGGGUCUUCAUGAUUUUGACCACUUCCGUUCCCUUACCAUCCGAGGUGAUAUGGCCAGUCAGAUUGUGCAGAUCUUAACCCAGGACCAUGGCAUGGAAUUAGUUUGCUGCUUUGGCAACACCAGCUGGGACCGAAGCCUUCUGCUCUUCAGGGCAAAAGAAACCACAGAGACUCAUCCAGUUCCUGAAUUACUGACAGAGGAAGGGAAAGAAAGGAAUAGAUUAGGCUACUGGAGACAGUGAGAUGGGACGGUGGGAAGACCAGGAAAGAGGUAUUGAAAAGGUGUUUUACUAAGAACUAAGUUAACUUAAUUCAUGAUUGUAAGGCAGCCUCAAAACGUGGCAGAAGCUUUUGGCAAAAUGUGCAGGACAUGCAAUUGAAAGAAUCAGUAUCUAUUCCCUACUGUUUGAGUUCAUCCUGGAAGGGAAUAUAUCUGUGGAGCAAUGAGCUGGGCUGUCCAGAUUGGGAUGGCCUAGAGAAAGUGAUCCUGGUUCUAAGAUAUGGAAGGGGCUGCUUUUAAUGGUUAGAGACAUAGACCAGGCUAGCCUUAGAAUGCGAAACGUCCAU